AUGGUUACUGUAUAUGAUGAAACACAAAAUGCUAGGUUCAGAUAUGAUUCUGAAAAUCAAUCUAUGGUUUUGGGUGAUACAUUUGAAAACAAAGUUGCUUGGUACUUAAAAAAAAAGAAAUUAAAACCAAAAGUAAUUAAAAAUUAUUUAAUAAAUAAUGGUCGAUUAUUAUUUAAUAAUGAAAAAUCUUUACGAUUGGGAUCUGUUAUAAUGUUGGAUAAUGGAUGUAUAAAAGAUUUAGAAGUUUAUAAUAGUGGUAAAUACACAUUAUUUGGAGAUGAUGGAACUGAUAUAAUAUGUAAUUGGAAUGGAUAUCCGUUAUUAAUACAAUGUAAAUAUCGUAGUAAAUGUGAUAUAUGUGUUGAAAAAGAUAAAAUAUGUUAUCAUAGUUAUUGGAAAUCUGGAAUGAUUGAAGAUAUAAAAAAAUUAGAUAAGAAAUUAUCUGAAUAUAAGAUACCUAUUUUUGGAAUAUUUGUUGUCAGUGAAGGAAUAGGAAUAUAUAGUAAUGUUAGUAAAAUUCAAUAUGAUAAUUGUAUGAUGGUUGUGAAUUUUUCUGAUGAUUUGUAUACACAAAUUGAGGUGUUGGGUAGAGAUUUUUUAUCCAAAACACAAAAAAUGGAUUGGUGUAUCGAACUUGAAAACAAUAAAAGAAUUGAGUUGGAAUUAGUAUAUAGAUAUUUUGAGGGAAUUAUUGAUGAAAAAAUAGAAAAAACAACUGAAGUAUUUUUUAGAAAUAUGAAAAAAGUACUUUAUUAUAUUAGAAAAGCAUAUGGCAUUAGUGAUUUAAACGAUAUUUGUAAUACAUUAGAUAAUUUAAAAAUAGUUUAA